CAACAUCAACAUUGGCAAGCCACUAGGAUUAGUUAGGCUAGUAUGACAUUCAUAACUUCUGCCAGCUUCGUUACGGAAUAAUUAUCAAGUUUGCACGCCUUGCGCAAGAUCUGAACCAGCACAUCGCAGCCGACUUUCUCUUUGGACUCGAUUCGCCGGGGUCUAUCCCACAUAGCAGUGCCGCACCGCCAAGUUAGUCGAAUGUGACGGACGACUCGAGCUGUUCUCGGCCGCAGCUUACGGCAGUCUCGUCCCCACGAAAACGAAUGCGAUCCUAAUCUCACCGAACGAGGCACCUAACCUCUGAGCAACCUUGGGAAUGCCACGAUCCUCCAGCCCCCCUCGACGACACAAAGCCGCGCCGUCUCCCAUUGCGAUCGCGCCCUCAGCCCGACGAUUACGAUCCAUCCUGCCGCCUUCCUUGUUGCGAAGAUAGAACUCCUCCAGCGAGGGUGCCGCGAGCGCUGAGGUGCCAGAGAAGGAUAUGCCGUCAGAUUCGAGGCAGUAUCACCAACAUGGCGGUGGAAGAGUAGUCGCAACGAGGGAGAGGACCAGUGGGAUGGUUCCCGGAACACCUUCACGCAAAGAAAAGGGGAGGGAAAGUUUGGCUGUGCAAGAUCCCGGACUGAAGGACUAUCGAUUGGGAGAGUGUUUGGGCAAAGGCGCCUUUGGCUCCGUCUACAAGGCGUUCAAUUGGGGCACUGGGGAGGCCGUGGCUGUGAAGCAAAUCAAACUCACGGACCUACCUAAGAGCGAGUUGCGCAUGAUUGAAAGCGAAAUCGAUCUUCUCAAGAACCUUCUGCAUGACAACAUUGUCAAGUACAUUGGAUUCGUCAAAACGGCCGAGUGUCUGAACAUUAUUCUCGAGUACUGCGAGAACGGAUCACUUCACUCAAUAUGCAAGUCAUACGGCAAAUUUCCAGAGAACCUUGUGGGCGUCUACAUGACACAGGUACUCAAGGGGCUGCAGUACCUGCACGAUCAGGGUGUCAUCCACCGUGAUAUCAAGGGUGCCAACAUCCUCACGACCAAGGAUGGCACUGUGAAGCUGGCGGAUUUCGGUGUUUCGACUAGUACGCUUGCGAGUGGCCAGGACAAGGAAGCACAGGUGGUGGGCACACCAUACUGGAUGGCGCCUGAGAUUAUACAACUCUCUGGGGCGAGUUCAGCUUCCGAUAUCUGGAGCGUGGGCUGUACCGUCAUCGAGCUGCUCCAAGGCCGCCCCCCUUAUCACAACCUGGCCGCUAUGCCUGCACUGUUCGCGAUUGUCAACGACGACCAUCCGCCGCUACCAGAGGGAAUAUCCGCUGCCGCUCGUGACUUUCUCAUGCAAUGUUUCCAGAAGGAUCCCAAUCUCCGCGUAUCAGCACGAAAGCUUCUCAAACACGCCUGGAUUGUGGGAUGUCGGCGGGCCGAUGUGCCAGUUUCCAAAGCGCCCGAUGGAUUCACGCAAGCCGUCGAGGAGGUGAAGCAGUGGAACAAGGCUCUGGAAUCAUCAGAAUCAAAGUUGCGUGCAAGUUCAGGCUCCGAGCACGCUGGUGUUGCGCGCUACGCGGGAGGAACUCCAGCAAAGGGACCUUUGUCACUGGCCAAGCCCAAGUUUGGCGCUGAAGCUUUCAUGACUCCUGAGAUCGCCGGCGACGACAAUUGGGAUAACGAUUUUGCCACCGCAAUUUCUCCUAGUGCCUUGCAACUACCGCAGCUCAAGGGGCAGGACAAUUUUGGCGGCCUGCUGUCAAGUGACAAGCUCAAGUCAUUCGCUUGUUUCAACGACAGCCGACAUGAUGCUACGAGUUAUGAUGAUGAUUUUGAAGGCGAACUCAUGACUAUUAAAGGGCCAGGUCACGUACAGGACUUCGACUCGCUGGACCGGACUAUCAGACCCACGCCACGCCGAACGGAGAGAACUUCGUCUACUUCGCCCAAGAAGCACUCACGCUCGAAAUCGAGCAUUACAAAACCAGUCAUGAGCGCUGCUUCCUCGCCUCAUCAGCACAAGUCACCGCCCAAGUCACACCACAAUAAAUUCGAACUGCCUUCAAGACCAGAUGUGUUCUACAGAGAGCAGAGCGUCGAAGACUAUUCGGACCUGUUUGUGGGCGAUGACAGUGUAUUCGAUCGUCAGCCAAAUCAGGCUACCAAGAAGAGCAGUCGCCAGGCGGACGCACCUCGGUUGUUCCACCCAUCAGAUCUCACAAGCUUGCCAAGAUCCAUGCAGGCGCCCGACAGUGGGAGUCUCAGGAAGAAGGCAACAUCGCGGCCGUCCGUUCUGCCUGACCGGCCGAUGCGCCGGGCCCGCUCCUCGAUAGAAAUACAAAAAUUUGCUGAAGACGACGAUGAAGAUUUCUCGGAUGUUUUUGGCCCGGCUAGUAACCAGCUGGAGAAGGAAGAGAGUGAUCGUGGGUCGGAAGACAACGGCUUCAUGCUAAUGUCAAAGAUAUCGAGCAAUUCGUGGCUUGGCGACGACGAGGACGAGGACGACCCUUUCGCAUCAAUGGAUCCAGGGUGGGACGAAAUGGACCUCGACGCCAACAUUGCGAGAGACAGACAAGCGAGGCUGGCCGAAAAGGUGGAAGCGCUCGUGCGUGAACUGAAGAUCACCGAGGGUGAAGAUAGACUGUCAGAGCUGUCAGAAGACUUGUUAAUAUUGUUGUGGGAGAAUGUCGAGGUGAAGAAUCUAAUCCUCAGCGCGCAUGGCCUGCUGCCCAUUCUGGAGAUCCUUGAACCUUGCACGGUCAAGAGCAGGCAGUACAUGAUACUGCAGUUGCUCAAGGUGGUCAACGCCAUCAUUCUUGACGAUGUGGAAAUCCAGGAGAACCUUUGUUUCGUCGGCGGCAUCCCCAUUAUCACCAAGUUCGCGGCUCGGCAGUACUCGAACGAGAUCCGCAUCGAGGCGGCGGCCUUUGUCCGACAGAUGUACCAGACCUCCACACUGACUUUGCAAAUGUUUGUGUCCGCGGGCGGCUUGAAUGUUUUGGUCGAGUUCCUCGAUGAAGACUAUGACGGCGCGCGAGACCUUGUACUGAUCGGAGUCAACGGUAUCUGGAGCGUGUUCGAGCUUCAGGGACCUACACCCAAGAACGACUUCUGCAGGAUCUUUUCGCGGAGCAAGAUUCUGUACCCCCUCGCACUGGUGCUGCAUCGCGUCCUCGAUGAAGAGGGCGAGGAUGAGCUUGACGAGCUCAUCGAAGGCCGCAUUGUCAAUAUCUUCUACCUUUUCAGCCAAGCUGAAAACUAUGUCAAAGAAGUAGUGGCCGAUCGGCAGGUCCUGAAAAGCGUCCUCAAAGACCUACGACGAAUGACACCCAUGCAUCAGAUAACGAUGCUCAAGUUCAUCAAGAACCUAUCAAUGCUGUCGGCGACCCUGCAAGCGCUGCAUUCGGCCGAUGCGAUUGAGUUCCUGAUUGAUCUGUUGAGCUACAGCAUGAAGAGAGACCAACUGCACUUCCGCGAGAUCUCAAACCAGGUGUUGAACACAAUGUUCAAUCUGUGCCGUCUGAACAAGGAGCGUCAGGAGGAUGCUGCGGUGGGCGGCAUCAUUCCACUUCUGAUGCGUAUCUUGAAGACGGACCGGCCCCCCAAAGAGUUCGCCCUGCCCAUCUUGUGCGAUAUGGCACACUCCGGGUCCAAAGGCCGCCGGUACCUGUGGCAGAACAAUGGCCUGGCGUUUUACGUGUCAUUGUUGACGGACCAGUACUGGCAAGUUACGGCAUUAGACGCCAUUUUGAUAUGGCUGCAGGAGGAAACCGCCAAUGUCGAGACGCGACUGCUCGAUGGCGACUUUACAAAGGCCAUUGUCAGCUGCUUCAACACUAACAAGCUCAACGCAUUUGAUUCGAACCUGCUGGAACCUCUUCUCAAGCUCUUGCGACUGAGCCCCUCGAUUGCUGGGUCACUGGCGCGACCGGAGAUGUUUGCAGGCAUUGCGCAAAAGCUGGGCCACAAGAAAGCUGUGAUCAGACUCAAUCUGCUUCGGCUUGUACGAACCAUCAUGGACGCCAGCGAGCCGACCAUUGGCAGUGGUGACGGCGCUAGGACGCUGAACACUGCGCAAAUCCGGUCGCUCAUGGAGUCCAUCCAGACACUGGCGGAAUCUGAUUCUGCUGUCCUGGUCCGCAAUCUGGCGUCGGAACUGGUACGGUCACACAUUGGCGGGGGCAACUCAGCCAUGUUGAUGAUGAUUCACGAGAAUGCACCGCCGCCUCCGACCUCGGGGUCGUCGCGUCGCUCUGCUACUAGAAGGAACACGAGCUACACGCCCCCUGGGUUCCACGCAUCCACGUCCGUCCCGCAGACGCCGACGCACAGGAGCAGGGCAAGCUUCAGCAACAACGCCUAUGUUGAGGUUGUGGCGAGCCCACGAAGGUCAGCGGCGCUGGAAAGGGAGAGCUCCAUGUAUCGCCCAAGGAGCCGCGAUGGCGGUACUGGCAUUCCGAGGCGGGUGAAUGGUGUUUCUGAUGCGAGCACCAACAAGGGCAGUCGUCUGCCUCGGACGUCCACGCCGGUCAUAGCAAGCUCGAGCAGACUUCCUGGGCUAGAGGCACUGCGGGAAGCGCCCGUGGUGGUACGGAGUGACAGCGGAGAAAGCAACAAGGAGAAUGGCGGUGGUGGCCGGCCCGGCACACCAAGGCAUACCCCGUCCAACUCGCGGGAGAGAAUAGGAGAGACAACUCCACGAGAAGGAGGGCCUCCUCCAGAGAGAAAGAGGCGCACCAGGGCGCCAGGUGAGAUUCGAUGGACAUAGCGAGCAAUAGCAAGUAAGAAGUAUGCCAUGGGAAGGGCCCAGUAUCAUCUACCACGCGCGCGCUUAGUACACCCCCGCCAAGUUUCCAAACGCCAUCUUCUCUCACCUCACGGAUUCUGUAUAUUCCCUCCAAUUCUAA